CGUUUUCUUUCACAGCGAUGGCCUCUCCUGUGCAGCUGUUCAUGAGCUUGCCUCAUCUGGACUAGGAGCGGAAUUCAUCUGACACUCACACAGGCACGCACACACACACACACACACACACACACACACACACACCACUAAAAGCAAAAACACACCGCUUAGCCAUGUACAGCGUGGAAGACCUUCUCAUCUCUCAUGGAUACAAAGUCCCUCAAAGGAACAGCAACAAUGUCCCUGUCUCACAUUCGUCUUCCCCCCACCCCGCAACCUAUGAGAAAUGUCUGCCGACACGAAGCGACAGCCGGUGUGAAAUUGCUGAGAAGCGUAAAGGACACAGCGGCGUGAAUGGCUACGAGGGGGACCAUGUUUACAGCGGCGGAGGCAUCAGACAAGCUCCUGCCAGGGGAUUCCCCGGUGACGCCGAGAACAGGGUCAGGAAGCAGAGGACACAAGACGUGGACAACGGUAACCUAGGAGAUGGACGUUUGCCUGAAGAUAGCCUGACCACGGACAGUGGGUUUUUUGAGACCCACAGAGGAAUACAUUCACAACCUAGAUCUGAGCAGGAUGUGUCCUACUGGCGAAGAAGAGGUCAGGACUUUAGUGUGCUUUUGGAUUAUGCAGACUUCAGGGACCCACGUGGAAGUGGAGGAGGGGUUCCCAACAAACCAGAAGGCAUGCAACGGAGACCAGAAUCUGCCUUAAGCACAGAGGAACAUAACCGUGAAAGACAACGACGGGCAGAGAGUGCACGUGCCAGGGAGAGAGAGAUGGCUCUGCACCAGUGGAGAAUUGCAGCUGAAAGGAAGUACCAAAGUUUGGGAACAGAGGAGUGGCGCCCAAUGACCAGCAUGAGCCGCCAGCCAUCCGAAAAUGAGGUGGCACAGGAGCAACGCAGGCCACGAACUGCAGAAGGAGCUGUUCCACCUAGAACCAAAAACAAGUCCCAGUCACUACCCAGAAUGGCUCUUCAAUCUGAAAGCCUCCAGUACUUUAGCAUACCAACUGCUGGGCAAGACUCAUAUGGAGGCUAUAAGUUAAAUGGCCAUCAUACACGAGACCCUCAUGGACGGCAUCUUAAUGAUGGGGAGAACAGGCAGCGGUGGACUGACCGAUCAGGAGCGCAGUCCGCACCACUAUCAAAACCCAGAUUUAGCCGACCGCUCAGACCUCCAUCUUAUGAAGUGCACCAGCAGAUGCGUGGGAGCGCAGAGAUGCUCACGGGGGAGCCUGCUCCUCGUGCAAGAGACAGAACUCCACUGCCCUUCUCAAGGCAGGAGUACUUUGUACAAGAACUGGCUGGAUCUGGUGUGGAGCCCCCCGGUUAUAUCCCUCCUCCAUCCUACAGGAGGCAGCCUGUAGUUAAUAGAGGUCACAGAACUUAUCCUAUCUCUAUGGGUAACCACCAAUAUAGAGGUGACCCAUAUAUGCAGGGUUCUGCGAUGACAGAAGUGCAGGAAUGGUUUAUAAGGCAAACUGGGAUGGCUUGGCCAGAUCAUUACAGGGAUGGAAGGAGAAGUAUGCCCUGCAGGAGACAGGCGUAUCCAGGCUACAGUGAAGAACGAAUGGGUAAUGUUCAGUACAUUCCCUUUGACGACCCUCGUGUCAGACACAUUUCAGGAGCAGGGAUAGAUGGAAACUCGUUGACGGAUGCAGACAAAAUCAGAAACAUCAGGAAUGAGAUUCCGGUCAACCUCUUAUCUGAGAAAUCUAACGACAGUGCCUUUACUCUCACAGAGAAAUCCUUUGACCGCACUGAACCAUGUAAAAGCAAUAUAAGUGACUCUGUUAAUGAGGACAGUAUACACAAGGAAGUGCUGAAGGAGACAGAAAGUUCAAACACAAUACCUGACCAAAACUGCAACAGGCAUCCAGCUACCCAUGGAAAUAUAGUUGCUCUUCAAAUGACAAUGCAACAGAACUCAAACCAGGGUUUGAUUGAGACAGUGACACAAGUAAAGAAAUUUGAGGCAAAAACUGUGUCUGAGAACAAGAAAAACUCCAAGAAGAAGCUCAAAGAAACAAUGUUUUGCCUUGUAUCUGUCCCUAUUAGUAUGCAAGCUAACAAAAGUGUGUCUGACCCAAAUAACAAUGAAAAAUUGACAAAUUCAAUAGAAAACACAGUGGGGCAGCAUGACAACCAAAACCUUUUAAAAACAUCAAGCAAAGAGAAACGAAUACAGUCCAGCAGCUCCCCCUCUAUUAAAAGUUCCCCUCUGAGGAAAGAGACUGUAGAUACAAGGUCCCUUAAUCCAAGCCAAGACAAUGAAUUGUUCUGUCCAGGAUCCUGGCCUGGAGAUCAGUACAGAAACCAGGAAACUCAGACGGGUUCUCCAGAAGUAUCCAGAAAUACCCAUCCUCCGACAAAUGAACAUUCCUCCCCUUACACGAUCACUGAUAAUGAAGGUGAAACCAACUGUAGUGCCAACUACGGAUAUCCUAUGAUAGGUCAAAAGGAUCUCAACCCUUCCAGCAACAGUGCAUUCUCCCGAACUAGAACUGGAAGUAGUUCAAGUAUAAGGAGCCCAACUCUACCCCAAUCAUCAUCAGUUCCGCCAUCUCCAGACCGUCAGCCUUUGCUGAGAAAGACAAACCAAACAGCAGAUGGUCAAGAAGUUUUUGGACAGUUCUUGCUAAAGCCAGUGAACAGACGAAAAUGGGAUGCUAUCGGGGAGCUUGAGUCUUUUAAUAAGGAGAUACAGGAUCAUACUGGGAAGUAUCCAAAUGUUGACCAGAAUAUAGAAGAGCUGGAUGAGGCAUUGAAUAGUAUUCUAGAGCUGAGUGACUCAAGCAGAGACAUCAAUAAUACAAGACAGGAAACCACCACCCUCCACACGAAGAAGGAAACUGACCAGCAGUCACAUAUAGUGCAGGUCACAGAGACGCAAAUGAAAAGCAAUAACUUAAAUGUAAUGUCAGAUUCUGGGAACAGAGGCCAUCCAGAAUACAAAAGUAUAAAAAGUUCCAAGGCAAGGGUGAACUUGGACAGCCAGAGACAAAAAAUACCCAUCACUAAAUCUGAUAAUUAUGUCAGCUUUGAGAUUCUGCAGAGGGGAGACACUGAUCCAGCAGUACAUCGGCAGGAUAUCCCAGUGCCAAAAGAGUGCUUGCUUAAGGAUGUUGGUUUAACGGUAUACACUGCCAUUCCAGACACUGUGACCUCUGGAUCCCCUACCUGCUUGAGUCCUGAGUCACCUAUGUUAACUAGCCCCUCUGACAACUCAGAGAUGUGUGAGACUUUGCAGAUUACGUCAUCAGACAGUAGCGGAGAUUUAAGCAGGCACAGUCCUGAGUAUGCUGAAGGUACUCAAAGCUUGAACAAUAAUAAUGCCUUCAACUCCAAAGCCCCCAACAAGAAGGAAGCUGGGGAAAACCCAGAUGUUACAAGGUCCUCACGUAUACAUGUGAUCAAGAGUCUUCAUUGUAGGUUUAAGGCUAAUUAUGAAGAUGAUGAUGAUGAUGACAAUUGUUAUUCAGAUUAUUUAAGUUGGAGUAAUGAAAAGACCUUGGCAGAUGAACACCUUGAGACUCUUCUGAGUCAAGAGAAGGCCAAUAGUAUGCAGAAUGAAGACCUUAGUAACCUGUACCAAGUCCAGUGUGCCAAAGGUAUUCCUGAAAAUGAAUCCAUUGAACAACGGGCUGCCAGAAUACUUGGCAUUGAAGUGCCAGUUGAAGCUUUGGUUGUUGAUCAGGAUGAUGACAAACUGGUAGAAAGAAAUUUGAAAACCACAGAUGUUCCAGAAUUGGCAACACAAACCAAAGAGUUGAGCUUAAAUGAGGACAAACAGAAUGUCAGUAGAGAGUAUGAGGAAGUGCCAGACAGGUCUAUGGAAAGUCAUGAAGAUAUGUCAGAGGUAGGAUUUGGAGGAGAUCCAGAGUCUGGAGAAGAUUUACUUAGCGCUGAAAAGCAUAGCCAGAGAGUCUCCUCUGUGUUGGAGCUGCCAGAGUUUCCUCCAAGUAACUUAUGUUUGUCGCUUCCACUGACCGAGGAUGAGGAAUUGACUCUUAGUGUAGGUGGGGGAGAAUGGAAGGAGACAGUUAAUUCUGAGAUAACAGAAGUACCACAUGACAUGCAGGCAUAUUGCCCACCUCCUCUGUCCCCCUCAUCCACAAAUGAUCAGGCAUCCCUGGAGUACACCGUCUAUGCAAAGGAGGAAAGCUGUCAGUCAUUAGUGAGAACUAUUACCAGGAUCACCUUGGCCAAAGAGACAGGCUUAGAAGAAAAGGGAGGAGAACUAAAAGAGUCAGUUAAAGGGGAUGAAACAUUAGUGGAAAAGAACCAAUACAGUGAGAAUGCAGUCAGAGAAAACAAAGACACGUCCAGUUAUAUGCAAGAAGAGGAUGAACAAGCUCAGGAGGAAGUUUCAGCUGAAGAGGUGAUACUAGCAAGAUCAAGGCAGUCACCAAAGUCAUUGGCACGUCCAGUCCCACAACCCCGCAGUGGCAUGGUAGCAAAGAGAGAGAUCACUCUGCCACAAGGAUUCAGCAUGGAUAAUACAAUGUCUGCAAUUGAGGAUGAUGACAAGCUGUUUAUUUCAGAUGCAUAUGACCCCAGUCGUGUGGAGAGAGUCUGAUCUUGGACACCAUCCAAGCAAACUCUUUGACCUUACAGGAAUACACGAUGUAAACAAACACUAAUCUGAAACUGGACAUGAUGCAGGCAUGGACUCAAUUUAUUAAUGCAUAAUCACAGAAGUUCAUAAGCAGGCAGAUGGACUUCAUGCCACAUAUUAAGACUAAUUUUCAGACCUUCUAUGGCCUGUUGAUGGAUGAAGUAGCAAAGUUGUUUAUCAAAGAGAUAUGAAUGUAUCAAGUAAAGCUCAGACAUUACAAAAAUAGCUACAAAUCGGUCUGUAUAGACUAUAGUUUCUCUGCACCAGCAAAUGCUGGAGUUCUGUCGGACUUUCACAGAACACAGUGUCAUUGUGCCAACAGCGACAAGAAAGACACAAAAGCUUGCACUUCUCAUUUUCUGCAGUAUUACCAAUGAGAGAAAGGAAAGAUGCCUUGAUGUAUUAAAGCAAUGAACUGGACUGGCGAGGUAGCAGCUGAAUCGGUGACAUUACACUGUGCUUUUAAUCACAGAGAAAUAUUUUUGUAAGAAAUGUUAAAAGGAAAGUGUGAUUAUCUGUUUUACAGGUGGGAGAAACCAUGCGUGUCACUGUGGUAAAACUGCAAUAUAAAAUCAUAUUUUUUGCAAAUGGAAUAGGCUGCUUUUACCCAAAUGAGGCAGCUAAGAAGAAAGCUGCACAGAGGCAAAGAUUUAAGAAUAUUUUGUGUGAAGUCUUGGUCUCUAGAAACUUUAAUCUUAACUGCAGUGUCUUCAAUAGUCAGUUCCCAUAGUUAUUGCUUUAAAAUGACUUCCUUCACUCAAGAUUUUUAUAUAUCUCAUAUGCAGUUUGAGCUUUUCAGUGUAGCAAUCUGAUAAUGUAUCAUCUCAUCACGAAAUGCAAUCAAAAAAAAAAGAAAAAUGUAUUUAUUUUUAUCAAGCUAUCAGUCUGUACAGAUGAAAAUAUAUAUUCAAAAAAAGUGUUUUUAUUUUACCUUGUGGGUUUGUUUGCUUGCUUACAAUCAUUAUGGAUAUAUCAUAUCUGAAUAUGUCUAUUAAUCCUGUAUUACUCGGACAAUGAAUGAUUCUUUUAUUGUGCCGUGUGGCGUGCUUUUUGUUGCACAAAUGUCAGAAAGUGUUACAUGUGUUUCUUUAUGCACAUACAAAGUAUUCUGCGUUUUAAGUCCAAUAUCAAUUCUGAAAGCUAACUCCUAUUGUGAGUAUAUCUACGGGACGUAGUGCUUGUUAAUCACUUUACCCUUGUAAUUGUUCGGUUGCUUUCUGUUAUGACUCAACUGGAUACGCUUCCUCAAUGUUAUAUCCAUCACAUAGUUUUAUAAAUGCAAUCAAAAGUGCACUAAAAUGAAUUUAGUAUUUAGCACAUCCAAAAACUGGCGACAGCGGCCAAAAACUCCAAAAUAAAGUCAUUGCAUCCAUUUACUCUGAAUAUAGUUAUUGUUAUGGAUAAAGAGUGCAAUACCAUAAUGUUAUUAUUGUCAAUAUAUCCCAUAAGCGUAAUAAUAAACUAUGAAUUAAAGCAGAUAAAUGUUCUAUAAUCAGUGGAUGGUUAGAAAAAAUAUAAGGCAUAGCAUUCAUCACACUUACUUUUUGUAAGUUAGAAUCAAGUAAUUGUUGUAAGUAGUUCUUGAUUGUUUCUACCAUUUUGUACAAUUUUGUUUUUCAAAACGGAUGAUUAUAUUGUUGCAUAUAACGUAUAUGGCAUUUAAUAUCUUUUUCUAUUUUCAUACAGAAACUGUACAUGAUUAUUUUGUAUUGGGUUGGAAUUGAUUUGCCUUCUCUGCAUGAUAUAAGAGAUGUAAACUGGGGUCAGGAAAAUGUUUUGCAUACAACUGCAUUUGGUACCACAUUAAAAUUAUAUUCAUUAUAUUACAUGGUGCACAUUUUUAUCCUGCUAAAAAAAUGAUAUUUAAAUUCAAAACAAGCUAUUUUUUGAAUAUUUUACAGAAAGGGAAGUAUUUACUGUGCACCUCAGUACUUGUGUCUUUGAAGUAUUGGGUGAAUGUUGAAUGAAAUGUUUGAGAGGAAAAUUCUUUGUAUAUUAUAGCAGAUUGCUCAUUAAUAAACUCCUUGCAUGGA